AUGUCAGUUAGGUCAUUUCUCACUUCGCUCAAGAGUCUUGUUGACUCAGGGGCUCUCCUCAAGUCUCCACUUAAGUUUGUUACCGGAAAUCAGUCUGCAGAUCUAGACUCUGUGAUUUCUGCCAUCUCAUAUUCGUAUUUUACAAAUUUGAAGGACUCAUCCGAACAUGUCAUCCCAUUAAUUAAUAUUCCAAGAGAGGACUUAAGAUUACGUAGAGAUAUUGUCCUGGUAUUGAAAGCCCAUUCAAUCAAUGAAGAUUUGUUGUACUUUGUAGAAGAUUUCUCUCAGUUAAUCAAGAGAUCCAAAGCCCCAUCUCAACUAAUUCUCGUUGACCACUGUAAUUUGCAGGGAGAUGAAGUUACUGAUGCUUACAAUGCAAAAUUAUUGAAAAUUGUAGCCAUUAUAGAUCAUCACGCUGAUGAACAAAUUGCUUUGGAUGCUAAUCCAAGAAUUAUCCAGGUCAACGGAUCAUGUUCAAGUUUAGUUUUCAACUAUUGGUACAACCAAAUUGGUAAGCCAACCUCGUUUUAUACUAAUAAUGAUGUUAUUCUGUUGUUAUUGGCACCAUUGCUUAUUGACACUACUAAUAUGACUGCAAAGGUCGAAAAUGAAGAUACAAUUGCGUUCAAAAAGUAUGGAGAAAUCUUAUUAUCGACCGAUAAUACUUCUUUCAACAUCCUUAAGGCGUAUGCUUUGCCAGGUGCUGAACCUCAAGUUGAAUUUGACAUUUUUGAAUCCUUUUACAAACAGGUUAAAACCCAGAAGAAAAACAUUGAGGGAUUCUCUAUGAAAGACUUCUUAAGAAAGGACUAUAAACAAUUUGAAUUUCAUUCUAAGACAAGUGGCUCAACUUCAAGAAUUGGGUUCAGCUCGUUGCUGAAACCAUUUUCAUGGAUCUUAAAGAAUUACACUAAAGCUGAAAUCAUUAAAGCUUGUACGGAAUUGCGUAGCGAUAAUAAUUUGGAUGUUAAUGUAAUGACUACUUCUUACACUAGAAAGGACAAUGGCCUUUAUGCUAGGGAAUUCGCUUAUUGCUACAACUCUACCAACAGCAAUGCUGAGUUGUAUGCCAAGUUACCGGAAUUCUGUACUGUUUUAGAUUUGCAUAGCGACGAUUUGUACAGUGUCCUGGCAGAGGAUUUAUCUGCUCUUAAUACUUUUCAAAGUAAUGAAGUGUUGAUACUUUUCAACCAACACAAUACCCAAGCUUCAAGAAAGCAAGUUGUUCCUGCUGUAAAAGAAGCCAUAGAGACAAACUAA